UCAGAGGCGCGAAGCUGAAGAAAGUCUGAAAAACCGAAUCUUCAUUUAAACUGAAUCUUUAAUUAAAAUGAAUCUUUAUUUAAACUGAAGAUUAAUUUAAACUGAUUCGUUUCUUCGCGACGGAACCAGCAGCUGAUUCCAGGAUGGAGCUCUCAUCUUUGCUUCACGACCUUCAUCUCCUCUCCUCAGAGAAGCCCCUCCCCCCCUCUCCUCUCCCUCCAAUCACAGAGCUCCUGGCUCGGCUGACGGAGAAGCUGAUUGGUGCGUCCUCGGACUCUGACACCAGCUCCCUGAUUGGUCGUGUGGAGCGACUCUUUCAGACAGCAGAUCCUGAUUGGCUGUUCUCCCUGACCUCAGUCAAUGAGGAGGAGGAGGAGGGUGAGGAGGAGGAGGAGCUUCAGGCUGCGUACAGGUCUCUGCUCAGCGCUCUGAUUGGCUGUGCCGACCUGCCGCUCUGUGAGGAUGACAGCUCUCCGGCGCCGGCGGCCUAUCAGAGCGUCCCGAGCCGAGCCGUCCCAGUCUGCUCGGUGCUGCGAGCGCUGCUGGGAGCUCUGGGACGGCGGGGGGGGGCCGGCCUGCUGCUGCGUGUGGCGCCCCCUGUGUGUGUGUUCGCUGUGACGCAUUUCCAGGAUCAGCUGUGGACCAGCCCCCCCUCCAGAGCAGCUGCACAGAGCCUGCAGGAGGCGCUGCUGAGGGCGGGUGGCUGGAGAGACUCCGCCCACCUCCUGGUGGGAGAGGGGGGGGCGGGAGGAGGGAUUCUAACAGGAGUCCUGGACGUCCUGCAGCCGCAACUCACCAAGGACUCCUGGCAGCGGUGUGUUGCGGUGAAGCUCGUGUUUUCCUGGACUCUCCUGCAGCUCGCUCGCCCCUCUCUCUCCCCUCACCUGACUCGCCUCCUACCCCCACCCCUCCUCUUCAACGACCACUACAGACCAGAGAACUGCAUGCUGGGAGUUCGCUGUCUGCACCACAUCAUCCUCAACACGCCGGCUGCUGAUCUGCGUCAGUUCAACAGAGCAGACGUCAUCUAUCAAGCUUUAUUCAAACACUUGUACACAACAGAGACGACUGUUAUACAGCUCGCCCUGUCCUGUCUCUUGGACCUGUUGUUGGUUUUGGAGAAGCCCCCCUCUUUGCUCGACCCCGCCUCCAGCCGCAGGAAGCCUUGUCGCCAUGACGACGUGCUGCGCCUGGUCCUGGUCCACAUGGAGGCGGAGACUAACGUGGCGCUGCGACGCGUCUACGCCUCCGUCCUCCCUCUGUUAGUGGACCGGAUGGGCGUGGCAGUGUGCAGACACCUGCAGCGGGUGGAGCGGGUGGUGCUGGGAUACCUGGAGGUCCGGGAUCCACCGGAGGAGACCAGCAGGCUGAAGGUUCUGGAGGUUCUACAGAGAACCACCAGAGCAGCCUGGCCCAGGAUGACUCGUCCCCGGCUCCACCGGUUGCUGAGUCGUUUGUUGCAGCUGCUGCUCGACGUCUCUUCAGACUCUCGGCUCCACGUCUCCGUCCGAGACAAACUGAUGAGAGACGCCACGCUGUCCGUCCAACUGCUGCACGCCUGCUCGCCGGGGGACGCCCAGAGUGUCCUCCUGCAAGUGGACAGCAGCUGCUGCAGUCCUGAAGUACUUGGUUGCCUAGCGACUGUCACCAUGACGACAGAGAGGUGAUAAUGAUGCAGCUGGUGAUGUCUCCUGACGGACAUAGGACGGGGACACAGGACGGGGACACAGGAUUGGACGAUCAGCUGUGGUGUCACAGAUGUGAUGUCAUCAAACCAACAGGAUGUUCAUUGGUCUGACAUCACUUCCUGUGCUAAGUCCAUGCCAACAUGAUGUCCGUCCCUCCGUCCGUCCCAUUCUAAUGAACACAAUAUUAUACGAAGACUUUGAGGACAUUUCUUCAAAUUUAGCACAAAUGUUGAUGUAGAUUUCCGAGGUCAAAGGUCAGACCUGCACUGGAGGACGAGUGGCACAUGAAGGACGUUUGAAUAAAAGACUCUUCAGUGAAUCUUCUAGAUUCUCAAUUUGUUAAAAUCAUGAUUUAAAUGAACAAUGAAAAGUAAUCAUCACACAACAUCAGUAUUAGACAUCAUAGGACACUUUCAGAUGAUGAACUGCUUUUAAGUACAGUUAUUUAUGAGAAAAGACAUAUUUCAGAAACCUGCCGGGUUUUAAAAUCAUCAGAAACUGAAUUCUUGACUUCUUGACGAACAGAACAGAAGCAUCGACUCUACUUUAAAAACACUUCUCCCUAAAACUGCUACACUGGAAAUAUUAAUAUUACACUUCAUUUUUGGAACCUACACCAGCCUCAUCAUAAAUUCUAUGUCCAUAUUCUUAAAUGGUCAGAAUCUAACCCUUGAAUUUCCCGUUUGUUUACAUGAUCCCACCAUUGUUUUAUAUUAAUAGAAAUAAAGAAAAGGAGUGAACGCUGCCAAACUAACUGCCAGCAGACAA